AUGAAAUAUGCAUUAGUGUUGUUACUUUCAUUGGUACACGCAACAGUUAAAUAUGUUCCAUUUGAUAAAACGCAAUUAGAUCCUUUAUCAUUUUUUGAACAGUUUGAUUAUCCAUCUUUAAAAUCAUCGCCCUGGAAACUAUCAACUGCCAAAAAAUUUGAUGAAGGAAGAGAUGAAAUAGUUCGUUAUACUGGUGAAUGGAAAAUUGAACCUUCAACUUCUAAAUAUCCUGGUUUAGAAGGUGAUCUUGGAUUAGUUAUGAAAUCAAGAGCUUCUCAUUAUGCCAUUUCUUAUAAAUUACCUCAUGAAGUGACAAAUAGCAACAAAAACCAAGAUUUAGUACUUCAAUAUGAAGUAAAAUUACAACAAGGUUUGACUUGUGGUGGUGCUUAUAUAAAAUUAUUGGAUAGUUCACCUUCUGGUUAUAAAUUCUUCAAUUCAGAAACACCGUAUCAAAUAAUGUUUGGUCCUGAUGUUUGUGGCAGUGAAAACAAAAUCCAUUUCAUUAUAAGAAAACAACUCCCCAAUGGUACAAUUGAAGAGAAACAUUUGAAACAUAAACCAAUGGCAAGAACAAAUGAAUUGACUAAUUUAUAUACAUUAAUUGUUAAAUCAAACCAAGAUUUCGAAAUUAGAGUCAAUGGACAAGUUGCCAAAGCAGGGAAUUUAUAUAAUAAUCAAAAAUUAUUCACACCUCCAUUUGAACCACCAAAAGAAAUUCCUGAUGUUAAUGAUAAAAAACCAGAUGAUUGGGAUGAUCGAGCAUAUAUUCCUGACCCCACUGUUGAAAAACCAGAAGAUUAUGAGUUGAAACAUGAAUACCCUCAAGUUAGAGAUCCAAAUGCUGCUAAACCAGAUGAAUGGGAUGAACUGGCACCAAGGUAUAUUCCUGAUCCCGAUGCUGUCAAACCUGAAGAUUGGAAUGACAAUGAAAAAGAGUGGGAACCACCAUUAAUUGUUAAUCCUAAAUGUGCUACUGGUUGUGGACCAUGGGAAGCACCAUUAAUUCCAAAUCAUGAUUACAUUGGUCCAUGGUUCCCACCUGAUAUUAAAAACCCAAAUUAUAAUGGUAUUUGGACACCAAGAUUAAUUCCCAACCCUGACUAUUAUGAAGUGAAAACUCCAGGGAAAUUAGAUAAACCAAUUGGUGGAAUUGGAUUUGAACUUUGGAGUAUUGAAAGUGAUAUUUUGUUUGAUAAUAUUUAUUUAGGGAAUUCCAUAAAGGAAGCUGAAUUAAUUGGUAAUACUACAUUUACCAUAAAAUACGAAUUAGAAGCUGAUCAAAGACGUGAAAAUAAACCCCGAGCUAAAAAUGAACCUGUGGCACCACCACGAAAUUUUGAAGAUAUAAUCCGUGAUGAUUCUAUUUCUACACUUCAACAAUUUCUUAUUUUCAUCAAAUUAUUUUGGUUAAGACAAUAUGUUCAAUUAAAAGAUUUUUAUUUUGAAUUAAUGUUGGAUCCUAUAGGAUUAGUCACAGCAAAUCCAUUGAAAACUUUAGUGUAUGCAUUUUUGUUUUUGUUUUCAUUUACGAUAUUUUUUGGGUUUGCAAGUACAGUGAUGUUCUUACUACAAGGAGGCGAGGUGUUUGGAAGUACUACAACUGAUCAAAACAACACUGAACGUGUAUCAAACGCAGAAGAAAUUGAAAUUCCUAGCAGCAAUGUACAGAAAAUAGAAAUUCUUGAUGAACAAAUACAUGUGAGACAAAGGAAAUAG